UCAUGUAUCGGCCUCGCUUGCUUGAAGCAGUCAGAGCAGAAUAUAAGGGUCUCACUUCAAUGCUUUAUUGAUCAUCUGGAUCUCUCCAUGCGGCCGAUUGGUUCUCUCUUGAGUUCUCGAGGAUGAGAACCGUUUUCUGUAGCAAUAAAUAAUUUGGAAAAUACUCCUGCAGAAUGACAAAACAACCUUUAACCAGGAGUGAGAAGAAAUUUUUAGUUACGGACAAGUCAACUGAUCUCAUUGAGUGUACGUCACAGGCUCCAAAUUGUCACAGAAAGAGAAAGAGAAAAGUUUCAAGCCGGAUUGAUGAAAGUGCCAGUCAUAAAACAAAGCAAAAUAAAAUUGAAUUAAAGGCCAUGGACCAAAGAUCUGAUUCCACAGACUUGAUCUCACAAUUGCCUGAACACAUUAUCCAUCACAUCCUAUCUCUUCUUCGUUGUGGGAAAGAUGCAGCUCGAACCAGUAUUUUGUCCAAGAGGUGGAGAGAUAUAUGGGCUUCAUACUUGAUCUUGGAGUUUGAUCAACGCAAGUUCCAAAAGCAAGAGAGGAAAUUGUAUUAUCGCUCUAAGAGGCUCUAUCAAAGGAUCAAAAAGAGAAAAGAUGCGGCAAUAAAGAUGAAGAAUGAAAUGUUUCUGAAUUUUGUUGAUGGCACCCUGCAGAGCCGCAUUGAGCAAAAAUCUAGCAUACAGAAAUUCAUGCUUCAUUUAACCUCCUAUAAUUUGGAAUUAUCUGAUCUUUUGAAUCAGUGGAUAGGUACUACAACUAAAAGCAACAUACAAGAGUUAGAUCUCUAUAUCCCAAGCAAGAAAAAUAGUAGUUACUAUUUGCCUCAAACUGUCUUUACUGCUCGUACCUUAACUGCAUUAAGGAUUUCUGGCUGCAAGUUAGGAGCUUGCAAUUAUAUUAACAUGUCCAACUUGCAAAAGCUAUGUAUUCAAAAAAUCCACAUUGAUGAAGAGAUCAUUCAGAAUCUGAUUCUUGGUUGCCCUUUAAUUGAUGAUAUGAGGCUCAUAUACUGCAGUGGAUUGAAAACUUUGUUGCUUUCUAGUAAUAGACUUAAUAGAGUUGAUAUACAUUGUUGCCAUGGGCUGAAGAAAGUUGAAGUUAAAUCACCAAGUCUUCAAACAUUUUGGUAUCAUGGGAAGGGAUCUAUGCGCUGCAACAUCAACUUGGCCAUGUGUAAAUCUCUGAAAAGUUUGACUUUGGAGGAUGCCAACAUGACAGAUGAUUUACUUAAGAAUCAGCUUUCAAAUUUUCCUGUCCUUGAGCAACUGAUCUUAAGUAAUUGUGAUGCCUUGCAUUGUGUUACGAUUUCAAGUCAUCAACUAAAGACACUAGUCUUGAGAGGAUGUGAUGAGCUAAGGGAGGCCAAUAUUGAUACUCCAAAUCUUCUUUCAUUUGAGUAUAGGGGUUCGAAGAUACCCUUUUCUUCUUUGAACCCUUCUGGUUUGAGGGAGGCAAAGCUUUAUUUUGAACCUUCCACAUUGCAUAACGUUGAUGGUAUUGGGUUUUCUUUUAAUAAAUUGCAAAAUUUUCUUAGAAAGUUUGAUUGCUCUAAGGGCUUGAAAUUUAUUGUCCGCUCGAAAGAGAAUAUUAUUGUUCAUGAAGAUCUGAGAGACAUCUUGGUUCCUCAAGUCUUUGAUCUUAAGCUUGAAAUUAUCAAAUCAUCAACGAGCUUGGAAGAUAUAUUAGAUAAUUUAUUGCGAACAUGGCAUCCAGAGACACUGUCGAUAGUUUCAUCUACCACAAGUGAUUUCCCUGAGCAAGUAUAUAAGAAAAUGGUGGAUAGAGGAGAGGAGCCAAGCUGCUGCAAAUAUAACUCUCUGAACAACAAAUGUUGGCAGCAUUUUUUGAUGGAUGCCAACAUUGAGAACCUUGAUGAUACUGAAAUUGAAUCUGACUGGAUUACUUGGCUGAAGUCCUCUGCGACUAUGGUGAAUCAGUUGACUUGUUUGAGAUUAAAUUGGAAACAUCGAUAGACAUGUAAUUAAUUGGCUGGAUUGUCUGAUCAUUUGAAAUGAAAAUUUACAUAACAAUUUGAAGAUAUUACAGGAAUUCAACUUUAAUUGGUCA